CCCCUCCCCCCGCGCAGCCGCCGCCGCCGCCGCCGCAGCCGCGAGACCCCCGCGUGUCGCGCUUCCCCCGCCCUUCGGCCCCGCGCGCCCUUCGGCCCCGGCGGCCCCCGAGGAGAACAAGAGAGCGAGCGAGCGCGGCGCUCCCGGGCCAUCCCGGCCCGGUCUCCUCACCGUCGCCGGCCUUUCGCCGCCUUCCUCCGCUUCCACCUCUUCUCCCCCCCCCACCGCCAACCAAGUUGAGGCCCCCUCCGGGGGGGGGAGGCCCGAGACCCGGAGCGAAUUUCUUUAACUCUCUCCACCCCUCCCCCCACCCCGGCCCGAGUGUGAGGAGAAGGGCCCGGCCCGGCCCGCGUCGUGUGUGAGGAGGAACCGGGCCGGCCCACGGGCCGUGUGGGGCCUGGUCCGGGCCGCCGGGUGUGUGAAGACAGGGGCCCGGAGCGGCCCGGCAGAGGGCGAGCGGAGGGGAGGGGCCUGGUCCGGCCCGGCUGGUGCGUGAGGACUGGGGCCCCGGCCCGGCGCCGCCGCCGCCGCGAUGGCCCAGCAGCAGAUGACCAGUUCGCAGAAGGCCCUGAUGCUCGAGCUGAAAUCCCUGCAGGAGGAACCGGUGGAGGGCUUCCGGAUCACCCUGGUGGAUGAAUCCGACCUCUACAACUGGGAGGUUGCCAUCUUCGGACCCCCUAACACGCUCUACGAAGGCGGCUACUUCAAGGCGCAUAUUAAAUUUCCUAUUGACUACCCAUAUUCACCACCUACCUUCAGAUUCUUGACCAAAAUGUGGCACCCCAACAUUUAUGAGAAUGGAGAUGUAUGCAUUUCAAUUCUUCAUCCACCUGUAGAUGACCCACAGAGUGGAGAACUGCCCUCUGAAAGGUGGAAUCCUACUCAAAAUGUCAGGACUAUCCUGUUAAGUGUAAUCUCAUUGCUUAAUGAGCCCAACACCUUCUCCCCAGCCAAUGUGGAUGCUUCGGUUAUGUUCAGGAAAUGGAGGGACAGUAAAGGAAAAGACAAAGAAUAUGCUGAAAUCAUUAGGAAACAGGUGUCAGCCACUAAAGCCGAAGCAGAAAAGGAUGGAGUGAAGGUCCCUACGACCCUGGCGGAAUACUGCAUCAAAACUAAAGUGCCUUCCAAUGACAACAGCUCAGAUUUGCUUUAUGACGACUUGUACGACGAUGACAUUGAUGAUGAAGAUGAGGAGGAGGAAGAUGCCGACUGUUACGAUGAUGAUGAUUCUGGAAAUGAGGAGUCGUGACGUGCUCCUUCAAGGCCCCUGUACUGCCCUGCCGUCUCAGGCCAAAGGGAGGGGAGCAAGUGGGGACCUAGCAGUGGCCCCUCGGCAAAAAGCUAUUACGGGGGUGGGGAAAACAAACACGGCUCCUGCUGACUCCCCUUAUGGAUCUCAGUUUGCUCCUUUUUAUGGACCUCUUAAUGGAGAGAAAGUAAUCCUCCACAGAAUGUCUGAAUUCUUGCAUUCUUUACCCUUCCAUCACUGUAUUGAUUCUUUUUUUUUCUUUUCCUUUCUUUAAAUCCAAACUCUUGCCUCACUUCGUCUCUACAAAGCGUUCACAGCAAAACACGUUUGGUCUGUUUUUAGAUUCUUGAAGAAUUAGUCUUUCACCAAGACAUUUAAUGUGUUUAAAGCUGGGAACCCAUUGGGAGUUCACAAGUGCUGCAUAUGCUGAGUAGCAAAAGAAAACCACCCCAAAACCCCCAGAAAACAAACUUUUUUUUUUUUAAGCAGAUUUGCCAAGGUUUAGCUGCUCAUUUAUGUGUGUGUGCAUUUGUUCAGCCCCAUGAUGGUGAGUUUUGUUUCUUAAGGCUGGGGUACAGUGGGCGUCAGGGACUUUGUUCUGAACCUGAGACAUGUUCCUAAGGGCACAGAACUGUUCAGCCUCCAGGAAAUCAUCCUCACACAGAAGAGAGGAAUCAGAUUUUGUUUUUUGAAAUUGGGAUCUAAAGCCUGAAAUAAAUAUUCAUACUUUACAUAGAACUGAUUGCUAUUUAUUUUGAAGGCAGAGUUAUUUUUGCCCCCCAGGGAGUGGGGAGUGGGGGGAUUAGCGUGAGUGUGUGGAGACUUAGUGAUGGGAACAAAGAUUUUAAAUCACUAUGCCAGUUUUGGUUGAUGCUGCUGGGGGAAAGUCAAACUGCUGGUGACCACUGUUGGGAGAGAAAACAUCUGUUUCAUAUAUGUAACAUGGCCUUUCCCUGAAAGAUACACUCUCACGAGCAUUUUUUUUUAAGUAGCGAGGUUUUAAUUACUCAGUAUUAAUACUAGGUGCAUGUGUUUAAGAUUUUGGUUUUCAUUGAGCUGCUUAUACUGAUAGUGGUAACUGUGGAUAUAUGUGAGACCUGAGUGACUGGUUCCUGCUUUCCUCACUGGAUGUGACCCCGACUUUUGUCUCCUCUUGAUGUACUCGGGCUGCGGAGUGCAAGCAGCAGCUGUGCAUGGAGCUUUCCCCUGAGCUGCUUUGUCUCUUCUGGCAGGGCCAGGGGAGUUGGCUGCAGGCAGUGUCCAGGCAACGCUCGAUCUUCCUGCCGCACAGUUGCUGCAGCUUUGACUCCCCUUGUGCCGAUCGUGUUGUUACUUCAAUCAAUAUCAAGUUCCAUCAGCCUUCACCAACCAGGGACUUCUGUACGUGGCGAUGAUUUUUGUUUCUUGUGGGGGCGGGCCAGUGCAUAAGAGGGCAGUGUUCUUAUCAGUGGGAAAAAUACCGCUAUAAACUUACUUCAGAUCCCUGUGCGCUAGCAUCAACUCUUUUUCUUCAGAUCCUACAGCUCAGAAAGAACAAAAGGGUUGAUGAGGGACAGGGGUAGGAUGGAUCCUAGGACAGAGUAAGUGAUGCUUAGGUCCUUAGUUCCUCCUUCCUUUCUGAUCUCAGGGUUUUCAUUCGCUCUUCAGACUCUCCAAACAUUUGCUGACUAAUUCCCAACAGCCCUCUUUGGAAUCUUAGGUUUGGUCUAGUAUUAAAUCGGGAAUGUUAAACGUGCUAAGGUUCAUAUGGGACAAUGUUGAGCCUGGUCCCAGAAUCUGUCCAAACUCCAUGGGGCUACCUGCACCUCUGAAUCAACAACUGUGGUCAGAUUCAGAAAACAAAGCAGCUCUCCUGUGAUGAAACAGUGAUGUUGAAAGUACUUUUUACGCCCCACAUGUACUCCCACCCUCCACUACUAGACACACACCCCCCCACACACACACGUUUACAGCCAGUAGCUUGGUCUUACUCUUGGAACCCUAAAACAGCCUUCCCCUUCCUGCUGAAGCAUUUCUCUCCCAGCGCAGGCCAGACACUUUGGCAUUGUGGGAGGUGCUGUCCCAUUAGGCCCUGUGGCCUCUGUUGCACAUUGACUCAGGGAGCCAGAGAGCCAGGUGGAGGUUGUACCUCUCAGCCCUUUGGGGUUUUACUUUUGAGGGUUAGGUUUGCCUCUGAUGAGAGUACAAUCAAUUCUAGAAAAGACUGGGGUGUGUGUUGAUUUGCUAGAAUUGCUAGAAGGUGGACGUUCGGAUAGCUCUGACUUGUAAACCCAGGUGCUGGUUCCAGAGCUCUGUAACACGGCACAGGAGACUUUGAGCACGUGCUUGCUUUUGGGAGUGGAGAUCUUAGGCUCAGGCCACAACCUUGGGAGUAUAGUUGUGCUGUUUGGUGUAACAUGAAUUCAGAAACCACCCUGCAGUUUGAGGUUCCUUCAGACUGUAGCGGAGGCCUCUGGAUGCUCUUCAGGUCUGUGUUUGAGGCCGGGUGGACAAGUGUAUCAUCGUGAUUUUGUCGUUGCUUCUCACAGUCUUCCCCACUUUCACAUCAUUCCAGAGUUCUUUUCUGUUAGCCAGACUUUUUUGUAGUCCCUUCUUCUUUCCUGGUAAUUACUUGCUUCUUUAUUUGCUGGUUUCCUUAUGUUUGGAAAAUACAUAGUAAGUGAUUGAAGGGGAAAAUGUGUAGUUCUCCACUGAAAAUUAACCCUCCACCCACCCCACCCCCAUCCUGAUUUUAAAAAAAAGGUUUACAUUUACAAAGAUUCAGAUGCAAUUUUCAACUCUUCUGAAACCAGCAGGACACACCUGACUUUAAUAGUUUUCUUAGCUGAAAUUGUAGAUGUUUUUCUUCAGUUUAACUUAUGAGAAAAGAUCUGAUGCAUUUUGUGUUCAACUUCCCCUUUAGUGAUUUAUUUUUGUCUUUUUCUGCCCAUCUGUCUACUAAUAAAAUGUGAAAUAAAAUAUACCUGUAUUGCUACUUCCCCA